GUGAUGAUCAGAGGCUGACUAGUAGUCAGGUUACACAGGCAGUCAAUUAAAUUGUGGUUUGAUAGUUAACUAUAAACCAUUAAACUGAACCACGGAUUGCAGAACUCAGCAUUUAGCGGUUCAACGUUCACCGCCGAAGUCUUCCCUCCUGGUCGUCUACAAUGACUUAGCUAGCGACUUGCCUGCGUAGGAGAUUCCGUUCGCUGCAUGUGGUGCAUGCUGUGGAUGAUCCAGGCACCCAGAAAACAAGGAAUAUUUCAACAGUUCCUCCAGAUUUGUGAUGUCUCCCUCGAGGCAUGAUACCCAGCCCCCAAUGCACUCCAUGUCUUUGUCCAAAAACUCAUACAAUAUAUUAAGUGCCUUCUGCACUGAAGAGAAUGUAUCACAGUGCAUUUCAUAUAUCAAUCAGGAGGUAUCAUCCCUGGGCUUUCCGUCAGUGUGCUGUGAGUCCAAUGGAAGCAGAGACUUGAACACAGUCCCAGUUUUGAAUAUCAUGUAUGAGCUGCUGCAGCUUCACCGUCGGGGCCUGCGCACUGUGGAGGACCUGGAGACUGAGCAGCUUAAGUCGAGCAGUGAUCUGGAAUACCUGCAGCUCACCAACUCUAGGCUCAAGGAUCAACUUGAAGUCUCCCGAAGGGAGAAUACAGGACUUCAUGAAAGAGAGCGUCAGCUGCAACUAAAAAUUAAGAGCUUACAAAAUUGCCUAAAAAAUGAAAAAGAGGAGGUGCAGAAGCUUCAAAAUAUAAUAGCAAGUCGUGCCACCCAAUACAACCAUGACAUGAAAAGAAAAGAGAGAGAAUACACUAAACUGAAGGAACGUUUGAAUCAACUUUUAAUAGACAAAAAAGACAAGAAACUAGCGAUUGAAAUUUUGAAUUGUGUCGGAAGGUCUGAUGGGAAGAGAAGCCUUUGGAAGACUGGGAAAACUGAGGCCAGGCAAGAGGGGGAAAUGUACAAAACCCUUCUGAGCGACUACGAGACUCGUCAGAAGGACUUGAUGGUGGAGAACGCGGAGCUUAAGAAAGUACUUCAGCAAAUGAAAAAGGAAAUGAUAUCCAUUUUAAGUCCAAGGAAGCACAGUCUGAAAGGCGAAAAACUUGAAGACAGCCUAGAACAGGUGGGCUCUGACAACGAAGAGGAGGUAUACGACUCCAGCCGAGAGACUUUGGAGCUGUCCUGCGAGUAUGCGAGGGAGCAGCUCACCAACAGCAUCCGGCAGCAGUGGAGAAGACUGAAGAACCAUGUGGAGAAACUUGACAGCCAAGCAUCCUUGGCGCAGAUGGGUGUGCGGGCCAGUAAGGACAUGAUCUCUCGGGAGGUGCAUGAGGAGGAGAUGGAGAAGCUCAAGCUGGAAAUUCAGGAAUGUAAAGACUUCAUUCAAACCCAGCAGCAGCUCUUGCAGCAGCAGCUGAGCUCUCCGUGUGAUGAUGAGACUGCUGCCCUACUCAAUGACUGCUACAUGCUGGAAGAGAAGGAGCGCCUCAAAGAGGAAUGGAGGCUCUUUGAAGAGCAAAGGAAAAACUUCGAAAAGGAGAGGAAGAAUUUCACAGAGGCUGCCAUUAGAUUAGGUCAUGAGAGGAAAGCAUUUGAAGAAGACAGAGCAACGUGGCUCAAGCAUCAGUUUUUGAAUAUGACUCCAUUUGCAGACCGCAAGAAACCGCAUACUUCAAAAUCUCAAAGUGCCUUAUCAGAUUGUACAGAGCCUGAAGUCAAGAAUUUAUCCACUCCAGCCCAUCUGGGUAAAUCGCUGUCUCAUGCUGCUUUCACCACACCAAAAGCCGGCCCUGUGAAGAUGCCGUCCACAGCAGAUCUGUACCGCACACUUUGUCUUAUCCCUGAUCCCAGCUCAUCCAGAAGCCUACCAAAGAGAGGAAGUUGGCAAGACUCCAACAUCAUACAAAGUAGCGAAGCUUCAUCCAAGUCAGGUCACUGGAAUGGAGCAGAUGACUGCACUGUCUUUUCACAUGCUGUAAAUGAAAAUAGCCAAAUCUAAGGCCAUGGUAUUUCUGACAACCAUAGUCAAACUAUUUGUGGUCUUUAAAAACGGAACCAUUUAUUUCCUUUUAAAUUGACAAUCCAUGCAUUUCAGACAUGGAUACUUGCAACAUGCCAUGUAUUAUAUCAAAGAUGAACAGAAAUCAAACUAAGCACUCAAAAGAACAUGCCAAAAGACCAAUUUACUUCAUGUUUGUACAGAUUUUAAAAUGUAAAAUCUUUGUCAAGGGAGUUACUGUAGUCUGUAUAACUGUAUUACUACAUUUUAGAUUACAGCAUCUGCUGUUGCUGUGUGAUUUUGAAGGUAAG